AUGGAAAGUGAAGGGAAGCCUGAAUUUGGGCCGCGCUACUUUGAGCUCAACACGGGUGCCAAAAUACCGGCCGUUGGGUUAGGGACGUGGAAAGCUCCGGCUCGGUUGGUGGGCGAUGCCGUUAUUGCCGCCGUGAAGGCUGGAUAUAGGCAUAUUGACUGUUCCAGAGUGUAUGAAAAUGAAAAGGAGGUUGGAGCUGCCUUGAAGCAACUAUUCUCCGCUGGAGUGGUGAAGCGCUGCGACCUCUGGAUCACUUCCAAACUAUGGUGCAGCGACCAUUCACCUGAUGAUGUCUCCAAGGCACUAAGUAGAAGUCUAGCCGAUCUGCAGCUGGACUACAUCGAUCUCUACCUGAUCCACUGGCCGAUCCGGACAAAGCCUGGGUCGCGUGGUUUCGAAGCAGAGGUCAUGCUCCCUCUAUCCCUGUCGGAGACAUGGAGCGCCAUGGAAGGGCUGUAUGCGUCGGGGCAGGCGCGAGCAAUCGGCGUGAGCAACUUCUCCACCAGAAAACUGGAGGACCUUUUAACGCAUGCCAAGGUGCCGCCAGCCGUCAACCAAGUCGAGUGUCAUCCUGCCUGGCAGCAGCCCAGCCUCCAUAACCUCUGCCACUCCACAGGCGUCCAUCUCUCGGCUUUCUCUCCGCUGGGAUCUCCAGGGUCGUGGAUCAAAGGAGAGGCCCUCGAGGAUCCCACCCUCGUUGAGAUCGCCCAGAAACUUGGCAGGUCCCCCGCUCAAGUCGCUCUCCGCUGGGGUAUUCAGAGCGGCCACAGCGUUCUACCAAAGAGCACGACCGAGUCCCGUAUUAAGGAGAACCUCGAUCUUUUCAGCUGGAGCAUUCCUCCAGAUCUCUUCUCCAGGUUUUCCAAAAUCCCGCAGGCAAGGCUACUCCGGGGCGACUUCGCCGUACAUGAAACGGGUCCUUACAAAAGCCUCGAAGAGCUGUGGGAUGAUGAAAUAUGACGUUCGGUGGAUCCACCAGUCGGCCAACCAAUGGUGGCGACGUUCAGUGC